AGCAGAAGCUGACAUGUAGGCCGCUCACGACUACGGGUCCAUCGAAUCAGUGACGGAGCCGGCCCACGCCCACAGGCUCCGUUAAAAACUGACCAAACCCUCUCCCCACAAUCCCUCGAACAAUCUCCUCCGAGCUCGCGAAUCAGCAGCCGCCGCCGCCGCCGCCAUGGGCGACUACGGGAACGCGAUGAUGCGGAACCAGGAUGCGGGCGUGCAGUCCCGCGUGAAGGCGCAGAGCCGCGCCAACCUCCUCCAGCUCAAGCUGAUCGGGCAGAGCCAUCCGACGGGGCUGACGACGAACCUGCUGAAGCUGUUCGAGCCACGGCCCCCGCUCGAGCACAAGCCGCCGCUCGAGAAGCGCAAGUUGCCGGCUUACUCAGGGAUGUCGCAAUUUGUAUCGCGGUUCGCAGAGCCUGGUGACCCGGAGUAUGCUCCGCCUGUCCCCACGUGCGAGACUAGGGCUGAAAAGAAGGAUAGAAUCCGUCAACUUAAGCUUGAGGAAGGUGCAGCUAAGGUUGCUGAAGAGCUCCAGUUGUGUAAGUUGUUUCUGAAGCCACACUGCCCUUUUCGUGUUAUAUAUAUAUGUACUACUAACAUUGUUAUUUUUAAACUAUUUUAUGUAGAUGACCCACAAAAUGACCCCAAUGUCACUGGAGAUCCAUACAAAACACUCUUUAUUGCACGACUUGGCUAUGAGACAUCCGAGCAGAAGGUUAAAAGGGACUUUGAAGCUUAUGGGCCUAUUAAAAGGGUACGGCUCAUUACUGACAAGGUAACAAAUAAACCUAGAGGAUAUGCAUUCGUAGAGUAUGCGCACACUCGGGACAUGAAAAGUGCUUAUAAGCAAGCUGAUGGGAGAAAAGUGGAUAACAAAAGGGUGCUUGUUGACGUAGAGCGUGGUAGAACUGUUCCAAAUUGGCGUCCUAGGAGAUUGGGUGGUGGACUUGGAUCAAGCAGGAUUGGUGGUGAAGAUGCUGCCCAGAAGCAUUCUGCUAGAGAGCAACAGAACGCUGCUGGGCGACCCAGAUCAGAAGAGCCUAGGAGGGAUGAUCGUCCUGCAGAUCGGGAUCGUGAGAAAUCUCGUGAUAGGGUACGGGAAAGAGAUCGUGACGAGAAAACUCGUGAACGCUCGCAUGACAGGACCCGUGAUCGUGAUCCAAGGGAAGAUAGACACCACCAUAGAGAUCGUGAGAGAACUCGUGAUAGGGACCGAGAACGGGACCAGGAGAGAGACCGUGGGCGUGACCGGCGGGAUAGGGAUAGGCACAAGGAUCAUGGCCGGGAUAGAGACCAGGAUAGAGACAGGAAACGUGAGCGCUCUCAUGGCAGGGGUAGAGACCGUGACAGAGAUUACGAGCGUGCAAGUCACGAACAGGACCCUGGCAGGGACCGAGAUUACAAGCGUGCGCGCCAUGAACAUGAUCGUGGUCAUUUGCAGGAGAGUGAGGCUGAUUAUGGUAAUGGUGAGCUUGGCUAUAACCAGCAUGAGCACCACAGAAGUCAUGAACAGUAUGGUUAUGGCCUAGAUGGACAUGAGCGCUCAAAGCGACAUGAGCAUUACCGGGAUGAUCCACACAGUAAAAUGGCAACCAACCAUCAGGGGCAACCUGAAAAUGCAGAACCUGCAGUCCCUGAGGAAGGGGAGGCAUAUGAAGAAGGGGACUACCAGCAUAUCCAAGUGGGUGAAUACAGGAACUAAAACUUGAUAGUUGUGGUAAGGCUUUGUUAACGCAGUAAUAUUCGUAUCAUUUCAGCUGUUCCCAGUGGUUCUCUCGCCUUUUUCUUGUUGGCACUUCCAGUCUUAUCCUACUUAUUUUUGGUGUGUUUGUUUGUUGUAUGCUAUUUUUAAUAAUUUGCUGGAUAAUGCUUGUGGUUUGCGUUCACUUGUUAGUGAUGUUCUAUGUAAUUUUGAAGCCAAUGGCCAAUCAAUGUGAACUUGUUACUUGCCUAA